AUGGUCCAGCCCGGCGACGACCUUCCGGCUCUGAUCGCGGACGGCUUCGCGCGCGCCGGCGAGGCCGCUGCCGAAGGCGAUGUCCUCGUGGUCGCGCAGAAGAUCGUCUCCAAGAGCGAGGGGCGCUACGCCGACCUCGCCACGGUCGAGCCCGGUGCCGAGGCGCGCGAGCUUGCCGCGCGCACGGCCAAGGACCCGCGCAUGGUCGAACUCAUCCUGAGCGAAUCGCGGCGGGUGGUCCGUCAUCGCCCCGGCGUGAUCAUCGUCGAGCAUCGGCUGGGCUUCGUCAUGGCGAACGCUGGCAUCGACAAUUCCAACGUGGAGCCGGCGGGUACCGACGAGCGGGUGUUGCUGCUUCCCCGCGAUCCAGACGGCAGCGCGCGGCGUAUCAGGGAGGGGCUGCGUGAGCGGCUCGGCGCGGAUUGCGCCGUCAUCGUCAACGACAGCGUGGGCCGGGCCUGGCGGGUGGGCACCGUGGGCCUCGCGCUCGGCGCUGCCGGGCUGCCCUCCCUGCUGGACUUGAGGGGGCGCGACGAUCUCUUCGGCCGCCCGCUGGAGGUCACCCAGGUGGCGCUGGCGGACGAGCUCGCCGCCGCCGCCUCGCUGCUCCAGGGCGAGGCCGACGAGGGCAUGCCGGUGGUGGUGGUGCGCGGGCUUGCCGCCGCAGGGCCGGGGAACGCCGGCGCCGCCCUCAUCCGCGACGAGGCCGAUGACCUCUUCCGCUAG